CCUUCCGACAUCACUCCCUCUUCAAGUCAGCCAUCUGAAAUCUGGAAAGAAUGAGGGUCAUCAUCGUCGGUGGUGGAAUUGCUGGACUGACAUUCGCCAAUGCUCUCGAGAAAGCCGGCAUUGAUUUCGUUCUUCUCGAAGCCAGACCUCUUCUUGAUCCUCAGGUUGGCGCGUCGAUUGGACUUGGACCCAAUGCGCUCAGGAUCUACGACCAAUUUGGAGCUGCUCAAGAGAUCAUUGAUCAGACAACCCCACUGACUUGGACAGUGGGACAUGGACGAGACGGUAAAAGAAUUGCGCCUCCAGCAGCAGUCUUCCGGCUUCUCGAACCACGACUGGGAUAUGGCUUCAGCUUCCUUGACCGACAACUUGUACUUCGAGCGGCAGCAAACACGAUCAAACAACAAGAAAGGCUCCUACUCAACAAGCGCUUGGCCUCCAUCGACCACUUCGACUCUGGCGUCAAGGUCCAUUGUGAAGAUGGGACUUCAUAUUCGGGCGACAUCGUCGUUGGUUGUGACGGCGUCAACAGCAAAGUCCGAUCCGAGAUGUGGCGAAUUGCCGCCCAAGAAGAUGCCACCUUCUUCACACACGAAGAGAAAACGAGACUUGGGGCAGAGUUCACCUGCUUAUUCGGCAUAAGUCAUCACGUGUCGGGUUUUGACCACGAAGGUCAGGCAUGGCAGACGUACGACAAAGGCAAGUCAUUUCUCCUGAUUACUGGGAAAGACUGCCGACUUUACUGGUUCUACUUUCAGAAGAUGGACAAGCUGUACAAAGUCAGUGAUGCAGACUUUCCACGAUUCACCAAGAAAGAUGCCGAAGAUGUAGCAGCGCAGACGAAACACCGCAAAUGCCAUGAAUGGGCGACGUUUGGCGAUAUCUGGGACAAGCGGAUCAGCUACACGCUUGUUCCGAUGGAAGAAGCUCUGUUUGACAAGUGGUCUUGGGGACGUAUCGCCACCAUUGGCGACAAUGCUCACAAGAUGACUGCGAAUCAUGGACAAGCGGGGAACAACGCCGUUGAGUCGGCUGCUGCCCUCGCCAAUCAGGUGAAGAGACUGCAUGAUGCGGGAAGCAACGAUGUCGGGUCCAUCACUCGCGCCUUCCAUGCGUGGCGAGAUAAACGGCGUGUGCGCGUCGAAGGCACAUGCAAGGAAGCCGCAUUGGUGUGCAGAAUGCAGUCGCUGGACAACUUCAUGGCGUACGUCUUCGAGUUCUGGAUGGUCCCGCUGCUCUCUGACAUCGUCAUCAACAUGCAAACGGACAACAUUCGGGGCGCUGAACUGCUUGAGUGGCUCCCUGUUCCCGAACGUUCGAUGAGCGGCAACAUGCCUUUCAACCAGUACCAAGGCGUCGGCAAGAAAGAGAGCCUCCUCUUCCGCGCACUGAAAGCAAGCCCACUGCUGCUGCUCUCUGCUUUCGUCGCCCAUCACACGGGCGGUCACAGUCUUGAUCGGCACAUGUUGCAACUACUCCAGCCUACAAGGACACGUGAUGAUGCAUGGUGCGCAGCUUUCCUCUUCAUGACCAAUGAAUCACUCCUAUACUCCAUCUGGCUCAUCGAAAACCAUCGUCGCGCGAACCGCGUGGCUCCAGCGCGUCUCGCAUGGCUUUUCGGCAUUUUCGCUUCGACAUUCGGCUUCGGAGUCAUCACACCCAUCUGGUUCUUCUUCCACUACAUCUUCUCGGCAAUCGAGCACUACGCUGCCGGAGACAUGAGAUUGACAGACUUGGCGUACACGAGGACCAUCAUGCCCGUUAGGAUCGGGUUCGUGAUCCUACCUCUGAUGCUCAAAUAUCUCGCAUUCGACAUACCCAUUGCUCCGGAUGUCUGGUAUUGGAUGUGGGUAUUUUCUGUCCUUUCCAUUACAGCCAUUCAGACUACUUUGGCGAAGACUGGGAUCAGUAAGGACACGAUGCAACAUGAUGCACUUCAUAACUGCUUGGCCGACCUUCCGACACUGCGCUUGGGCAUGUAUACGAUGGCACUGAGCUCGACCGUCGCUUGGAUCCUUCCUAAAUUCGUCAUCACCAGUCAUGCUGCAUCGGACACGGACGACCUCCUCUACUUCAAUCGUAUCGGCACGUCUGCUUCAUCCGUCCUCUGGCUCUCGAUGCUGUUCCUGGACCUGUAUCAAGCUGGAAUGCUACAAAUCAACAUGAUGUGUCUCGCAGUGAUGGGAGGUUGUGCAGCGGCUGGCGUGCCGAUUCCAGCACUUGUCGCGGUUGGCUUCGCGUGGCGCGAACAGAUUCUCGCGACCAAGCGUGCAAGAUUUUCCAUCACCAAGGACAAAUUCUCUGGGAAGUCAGUGCUGGAGGUUGAGCCCGAAGCCAUCGCUCAGCCAGUAUCGGCGCACCCAAAAGUACCCAUUACCUCCAAUGGACACGUGGAACAGUCGGCCAAUGGCUCCGCGAAGGGAAGUUUUCGUCAAAUGUGA